GGCGCGUGCUUGUUACCAUGGUAGCCGGAGCCUCUAGCUGCCGGCUCCAGGCGCAGAAAUCUCAAAGUAUUUCUCCCGGGUGGUUCCGCGGAAGAGCGGUGGUUACGGUCUCCGGAGCCCGCGCCGCUGUCUGUGGGGACAGGGGCACCCCGCCGGGGUCUUACUUUAGAGUGAGGAUUCAGUUUUGACGUACCACACAACGGGCUCUAUCGUGAUCACCGCUACCCUAACGCCCCGAGGGGGCUUCCCUGCCACGGGCGCCGGGUCAGGAUGAGAUCUCUGUUCGUGUGUGUGCAUCUGCCUGUGUAUCUGUUCGGGGGUACUCCUAUGGCUUCCCAGGAGAGGGAGGAGGCAGUGACCAAAGGAACGGGGUUCUGGCGCUGCCCUAAGCCGGCCACUUACACCCCGGGGACCUGUGAGCUGCUCAGAGGUCAGUGCGUUAAAGGACACGAGAAGAGGAGCAAUGUGAUGAUGAAGAAAUCCAAACUGACUAGCUUCCAACAGCGCCACAUCAUGGACACCAUGAGAAGAGGAGACCCUCUGCCCCUACAGUGCAGCCCAACGUCCAGCCAGAGGGUCGUGCCCUCCAAGCAGCCAGCCCCAGCCAUGUACCUGCCUCCCAUCCUGGCAGCCCGGUCCCGCCUCCGGCCAGCCAGCAUGUGCCAAGCCAACGGGGCCUACAGCCGGGAGCAGUUCAAGCCUCAAGCCCCCCGAGAUCUGGAGAAGGAGAAGCGAAGACUCCAGAAUAUCUUAGCUACUGGGAAGAACCCAGAGGAACAGAAAAGAAAGCCCCCUCCUGUGCAACAGGAGGGCCCAGCCCCUGAGGUGGACCGGUUUGAAGAACUGGUGAAGGAAAUCCAGGAGAGGAAAGAAUUCCUGGCCGACAUGGAGGCGCUGGGACAGGGCAGACAGUACCGAGGGGUCAUCCUUGCCGAAAUCUCCCAGAAACUACGGGAAAUGGAAGACAUUGACCACAAGAGAAGUGAGGAACUUAGGAAGGCUCUCGCCCCGGCUUAAUCUGUCUCCAGAAAUGGAGGUGGGGUAGCCCACUCCCUUGCCAAGCAGGGUCAUCCCCAGGUCAGCCCACCCACUCUGGCCUUCAGCCACGUCAAAUGGUCGCAGCGCCCUGGCGGAGGGUACCCUGGGCAUACACAGUGCCCUAGAAGAUGGACCACAUCUCAGAAAAUGAGCUGAUUCUCCUCGAGACUCUGCCCAGGGAGCCCGGGUCAGCUGAGCCUCUGAGACCCACAGUCAUACACACACACACGACUUUGAGACUUUUCUCGGGGAAAGAGCCCACCCACAGUGAAACAAGGCCCACAUCUCAGCAUCUUGGGCAUUUGUCUAACGGCAUCCAGUGGGCUCUCUGCCGACCACCUCCACCCACCGUGUCCUGCACUGUAGUUUUCUGAACUCAGGAAUGAGUGUGAUUUCUUUCUUCCUACCUGUCUUAAGAUCUGCUUCUUUAACCUCAUACAGCCUUGGGCAAACGUUUAACCGCUAUGAUUAAUUAGCCAAUAAAACACAUUUAACGUA